CGGCUGCGCGUAAAUGCGUUAAUGUGUCAGCGAACGGCAGGCAUCGAUCCAUUUGUUUACCGAGGUCGUCUGCUAGCCCGACGUUCCCCGACGUGUGCUCCGCAAACGUUUGCGAAUUAUGCUGUGAGAAACGCUCGUGUUUAUGUGACUGCUGGCGGGUGCACACGGAUCCGCAAUGCCGGGGACCGAAGAUAGCGCAUCGGAGCUGGGAGAGAUAGAGAAUGUCAGGGUGGUGGUGCGAGUUCGGCCACUCAGCACCAAGGAGUUUGACAACCACAGCAAGAAUAUAAUAGAAGUGGAUACCCUGAACGCCGAGAUCACGAUAGAGAAUCAAAAUGCGGCGCAUGGAGAGCCACCGAAAGUCUUUUCCUUCGACGCGGUGUUCGACACAGACUCCACCCAGGUGGACAUCUAUAAUGAGACCGCCAGGCCAAUAGUCGACAAGGUGCUGCAGGGCUACAAUGGAACGAUCUUUGCGUACGGCCAAACCGGCACCGGCAAAACCUACACCAUGUCCGGCGCUAAAACCUCCCCACAAGCCAGAGGCAUCAUUCCAAACACGUUUGCUCACAUCUUCGGUCACAUAGCUAAAGCCGAUGAAAUUCAGAAAUUUCUCGUGCGUGCGACGUACCUGGAGAUCUACAACGAGGAAGUUCGGGAUCUGCUCGGUAAAGAUCAGAAUACUCGAUUGGAGGUGAAAGAAAGACCUGACAUCGGAGUGUUCGUGAAGGACCUCAGCGGGUACGUGGUGAACAAUGCCGACGAUUUGGAUCGCAUUAUGUCUCUCGGCAACAAGAAUCGAGUUGUCGGGGCUACUGCCAUGAACGUGUCCAGCUCCCGGUCCCACGCGAUAUUCACAAUCACGGUUGAAUCUAGUCAGAUCGGCGAAGAUGGGGAGCAGCAUGUGAAAAUGGGGAAGCUCCAUUUGGUGGAUUUAGCUGGAUCGGAGAGACAAAGUAAGACAAAGGCGACGGGCCAGCGGCUUCGCGAGGCCACCAAGAUUAACUUGUCAUUGUCCACAUUGGGGAACGUAAUAUCCGCGCUGGUUGACGGACAAAGCUCUCACGUGCCUUACAGAAAUUCGAAACUGACUAGAUUGCUUCAGGACUCGUUGGGUGGAAAUUCGAAAACGUUGAUGUGCGCAAACAUUAGUCCGGCGGAUAUAAACUACGACGAGACUAUAAGCACUUUACGUUACGCGAAUCGCGCGAAGAACAUCAAGAAUCGCGCGAGGAUCAACGAGGAUCCGAAGGAUGCUUUGCUUCGUCAGUUCCAAGUCGAGAUCGAACAAUUGCGCAAACAGCUGGAGGAGAAUGGCGCGGAACUCUCGGAGUCCGAGGACGAGUCCGAGGAUUCGGAGGAAUCGAGAGAAACGAAGCGGGACAAGAGGGCUCGACGUAGAAGGAGUCAAAUGAUGUCGGUGGAAGAGUUGGAGGACGGAGACGUGGACUCGACAGAGAAGGUCGAUAAGGCCGAGAGGGACGAUAAGAGUCCGGUGGACAAAGACGUCAUCGAAUUGAAGAAGACUCAGAGCGAGAAGGAAGCGCUGCGAGAGAAGAUGCAGAAUUUGCAGAAUAAAAUAUUAGUGGGCGGCGAAAAUCUGUUGGAGAAGGCGGAGGCACAGGAGCAAUUGUUAGCCGCCGCGGCGGUCGAACUCGAUCAGCGGAAGAGCCGAGAGGAGCAAUUGAAGAGGGCCAUUAAGGCGAAGGAGGCGGAGCGCAUCGACAUCGAGGAGAAGUACUCGUCUCUGCAGGAGGAAGCGGCUGGGAAAACGAAAAAGUUGGCGCGCGUGUACACGAUGUUGAUGUCCGUCAAGGCGGAGCUGUCCGAUCUGCAGCAGGAACACCAAAGGGAGAUGGAGGGUCUUCUGGAGGGUGUACGGGGAAUCGGCAGGGAGUUGCAGCUGCAGAAUCUCAUUGUGAAUCAUUAUAUUCCCGUUCAGUAUCAGACGAUGAUCAAGAGAUACGUUCACUGGAAUGAGGAUAUAGGCGAGUGGCAGCUAAAGUGCGUGGCGUAUACAGGAAAUAACAUGCGCAAAGCGCAGACCGCGUCGCCGGCAGGGAAUACUAAAGACACAAUACCGCCAGACAUGUCGAACAUAUAUCUCACUUACAACAUCGGGAUAGACAAUACAACGUUUGUGCAACCGAAGAAAGUGCGAAGCCGUUCUGGCGUCCCCAGACCAACUACCGCGCAUCGACGUACACCGCACUAAACACGAGGAUCCUCGGCCGCGUGGAAACGCAGAGGUUUAUCUUCUCUCACAUUUUUGUAGAUCUAUUUUUUCUUAGAGACUUACGCAAUCGUGCGAGUGUCUGCAAGAUACUCGUAUCGGUGACUGGUACGAUUAGAUAAUAUACACCCGUUUCCGGUUUCGCGAUAUUCUAUCUUACUUUUUUAAGAUCUCGAGACUUUUUUUUAUACAGAGUGUAACCUGCCUGUGAGAAAAAUGUCCAACUAUAUCGAUUGAGUGGUUACGGUUGAAACUAUAAUUUAACGCCAAUCUCACACACACACACAAACAGACACAGUAGAUAAAACUAUUUAAACGCUUUCUGUUUGAAAUCACUUUGGAGUCACGCGCCAUAGAAGACACAAGUAUUUUAUCCAAGAGUAUUUAAUUUUUUAUUUAUAAUAUAAUAUAGAAAGAGCAUUCCAACGCAUUUACAAAUCGUGUGUUAAAAUAUUAUCGGAAAUACAUUUUCGUGUUAAUAAUAUUCGAAAGAGAUCGCUCUGGUAAUGUAGAAAAUAAUACGAGUCCAUUUAGAAAAGUGUGAAAAGAAACAAUGCUGUACCUGUGGAACGAGAAAGAUUUGAAAAUUUCGGAGAAUCGACGUAUAUAAAAAAAAAAUCAUGACAUCGUAUUUACAUGAUAUUUAUAGAUUCGGUUUAAAAUACGACGUUCUCUUAAAGAUAAAUUUCUUCUACAUUUAGAAAUUCGUAUAUUCUUCGGUAGCUUUGUUCGCUUGUACUCACUCCCUACAUGAUUCCUUCGGACAAACUUGGCAUAAGAAAUUACGUAAAUAAAAAGCUAGAAGUAAUACGGCGCAUAUAUUUAUAAUUAAUGUCGAGUAUCAGUGUCAAAUAAUCGCGUUAGAGUUACGAGGUUUUAUUUGACGAAGUAGCCAUUUUUAUGUGCUAUAGUGAUAUUAGAUUCGUGACGAAGGAUUUUAGAGACAGUGCGAACGUCUGAAAAAUAUAUCGCGAGAAACGUCCGGGAAGGUCGGACGUUCUUUGAACGCCUAUAUUUUUGAACUUUCGCAUUGUCCGAAUACGUUUUAUACUCUCUCUCUUGUAGAUCUUUUAGAAUACCCGACGAGGUAUGUGCAUUUAUUAUUUAUUACUGUGAUACACCGAAAAUGCUUUCGCGCAUGUUUUCGAUUGAGUUUUCGUCAACGCUUUGUUCAGCGUUAUAAAGUAGCCGGUCCACGGCAGCGCUUGAGUAUUUAUUGUUGUCGCGACGUAUGUGUCCUGUUUUUGUAUUUUUAAUUUGAGAAAUAAAGAAGAUAAAUUUCGA